AUGAAGAGAAAGGCUGACAAGCAGCCAACGGCCGCUCCGAUGAGCGCCGUUGCAGCGCGCAAAGCUCGCCAGCAGCAAGCGCAAGCUGCCGUGACCCCAGUGAAGCCGUCGAAACCUGAAUCAUCCGGCGAACCUCCUUCUAAGAAGGCGCGCCGCACUCCCGAAGAAGAGGAAGAGAAAUCGGCAUCAGCAGCCCCGGCAGAGGACCGCCGCCAAACGAGGCGAUCAACCCGGCGAAAGACGGAAGACUCGAAGGCACAGAACACCCCGGAGAAGAAGGUUAAAGCGCCAGUCUCGAAGCCUGUCGAACAAGGACCGCCACCUAGCACCUCGCUGAGCAAUGAAAACGAGGGUGCAUCUGAGGAGGAAUCGGAAGACGAGAAUGAUAUUGUACGAGAGAAUGGAGUCGGUACUGCGCAAAACGAUGACGAUGAGUAUGAAUCGCCUGCAGACACGCCGGCCCUCGCUCAAGAGGAAUUCCCGUUGUCAAGAACUCGAUUGAACAAAAGCAACAUUGUCUACAGCGACGAGGAAAGGCUGUGUGUCCGGAUCAAAGACAAAAUGAGUCUAGUAUUGCUUGGCCACUACGAUCUUUGGGUGAAACGAGGCGUGAUCAGUCUGAUGGGCGCCAAAUUGCAUCCUUCGUCUCGAGUCUACAGAGUCUAUGCGCCCUCAACCCACUCUCUCCCGGUCAUCAAGUGUGUUUCGAGCGUCGAUGGUGCGGCCGAAAUCGAGGUCAAGUCAUGCCACAGUGGCAUCUAUCGUCUCAGGGAUCUGUCUCCUCUAUAUCAACGGGUGUGGAAUGGAAAGAACACCUCCGCUGACAAGCUCACCCUGAAGAACGAACCUCAAUCUACCAGGAGAACGUUCUCCGUUCUGUAUACAUCGGCGGACGAUUCUCUCAAGCGACACUUGCGGCCACUGCAUCUGGAAAAGCAAUGGAGCUCAGCUAUCAAGUCUCUCUCUCAACGUGGUGGACGGCUUAAGGCGCUGAUCUGCGGUCCCAAGGCGUCUGGAAAAUCCACCUUCAGUCGAUACCUCUUGAAUCACCUCCUCAGUCCCGCCCCGCAGACCGAGACGAACUACUGCAACACCGACGGCGUUGCGUUCCUCGACCUCGACCCCGGCCAGCCCGAGUUCUCCCCUAUGGGCCAGGUCUACCUUGCACAUCUCCGGUCUCCCGUUUUCGGCCCCCCAUUCUCUCACCCCUCGCUAGACGGUUCGCAAACUGGCACGAUGGUCCGCGCUCACCACAUCGGGGCCACGUCGCCCAAGGAUGAUCCCGAUCACUACAUGCUCGCGGCCAUGGACCUCAUGGACCGUUAUCGCGCCCUGCUAGCCACCUACCCUCAAUGCUCUCUCAUCAUCAACUACCCCGGAUGGAUCUUUGGCCUCGGCCUUGAAGUGGCGACCUGGCUCGUGCGCUCGCUCGGACUAUCGGACGUGGUCUACAUGAGCGAGAAGGGGCCGAUGGAGGUGAUCGAGCCCCUUGGGCAGGCCGCACACGAAGCCAUGGUCCCUCUCACCAUCCUCCCAUCGCAACCCACCGAUUUCGUCAGCCGCUCCAGCGCGCAGCUGCGCUCCAUGCAGAUGCAGUCGUACUUCCACCUGAGUCACGCCGACGGACUCCGCAACCCGCUCUGGCUUCACCAGCCCCUCUGCCACACGCGCCCAUUCCGAGUCUCCUAUGCAGGACCUAACCAAGGCAUCCGCGGCAUCAUGGUCAUGGGCUCACAGAUCGACCCGGACCUUCUCCACGACGUCCUCGACGGCGCCCUUGUCGGCGUCGUCGCCGUUGAAUCGUCCCGUGCCAUCCUCGGAGAGGCGAACGGGCCGUCCACGAACGGCGCAGAGGAGGACGAGGAGAUGGAAAACGCCUCGACUGGCGGCUCAGACGUCAACAUGGAGGAGGAAGAGGAGCAGGAUACCAACAGCACCAAGCCUUCUAGAGCCCAAAAAUCUACGGAUCCCGACAUCGAAGCCAACAUCACCCGCACACGCAACGAAGACCUACCGUACCUCUUCGUCGGCGCCGGAAGCUGCACCCCGCUCGACCCCCGCGCCUCACACAGUCUCGGCCUAGCACUCGUGCGCUCCGUCGACGUCUCAUCGCGAACCCUCGAGCUGGUCACACCCAUCGCGGGGUCCGCGAUCCGCCACGCCCUGGAACACGGAUCCGGGCUGGUGCUGGUGCGCGGGCAACUCGACAACCCGAACUGGGCCGUCAGCGAGGAGUACUACGCCGCACGGGCCGCCGAGAAACGACAUCGCGAGACGGUCGAGAAGGCCAGAAAGGCCGGCAACGAGGCUCUGGACUCGGCGACGCAGGCGCGAGUGUCUGCCGCUCUGAGGGACCGGGUCCGACGCGCCAGCAACGUGCCGUGGAUGACGGUCAUCGAGGACCAUAGUCGACGACAACAGGAGGCGUCGCAGCGCGAGAAAUCGCUGUGGAAGCUUCGCAAGAAGGCAUAUCCGGGGAGUGAUAGCGAGGGGGAUUGGUAG